UAUUCACUUGCAUGACUCUUUGGUUUUUCCACUACCAUCAUUUGUUUUGAAAACUGCAAAACCAUUUUGUCAUAAUAAUGAGGAAGAAAACCGCUACAAGAAGAGGCAUCCUCACUCAAAAACUUCCCAGAAUUCCUGAGGGUUCUCGAGCACGAUCUCACUCUCAAAAUCUCACAUUCACUCUUUCACCCACACCUUCACUUUCUCCUCCUUGCACCGAACCCAUGGCGCGUACGAAGACGACUCCAAGGUAUCCAUCCUCGUCUCAGGCAGCGGCUCCAUCCAGCGCACCAUCUCGCCCUAGUGCUUCGAAGGGAAAAUGUCCAGCCACUAAAGAUGCUCCUCUUGAACCUUCAAGGCCAAAACCAAGGUCUGUUCCUCAAUGCCCUCAGCGAGUGAAGCAACAAAAGAAAGGAUCUACAAGAACUAAAAAGGUGGUCCUUGAUGAUGAUGAAGAUGACCUAGAUGACAUUCCUCCUCAUUCAACUUCUAGAACUUCUGCCUCCACUGCUCACAAAUCACUCCUUUAUGGAUUUGUCAAAGAUAUCUUGCAAGAGUUUGUGAAUCUGUCCAACCAUCUCAUUUUCACAAGCCAACAAGAAAGAAAGCUUGUGGUAAGGAAUGAAAUUUCCUUGAAGAAAUCAAGAGAUAUAGUUCUUAUUCUCCUAAAAUAUGUGGACAACAUACAUGAGGAUGACACCAUGGCCACGGAUCAAGAAGAACCACUAGGACUGUCAGUUGAUGAAGAUUUAUGUUUUAUUGCUCUUUGUUUCAUGAAAUAAUUUUAGUUUUAGACACUUUUAUUUUUUGGAUGACUGUAUGACUUAAAGACUGUUUUAUUUGCACUUAUUUUAGUUCGGUUUAAGUGAAUUUUAAGUACUAACAUCUUUUAUGUAGGCCUCAUUCUUGAAAAUGUUCCCUCCUUUGAUGACAAAAGGGGGGAGUAGUUUAGUAGUUUCGAAGUAGUUUGAAUUUAGUAGUUUUGAAGUAGUUUGAAAUUGAGUGUGAUGAAUUUAAUUGUUGAAACUGUGAACUUGCUGUUUUAAAUGGUUUGAUGAUUAAUUGCAUACUUU